UGUGUGUUUUCUUUGACCUUAAUUCACACACUCACACACUCUCUCUCUCUCUAAAAUAACGGCAUAUUCAUCUCUCCCAAAACAAUUCGAGCUUUCUCCGGAGACACAAUAAUAAUCCAUUCAAGAAAAUACCCACAUUGAAUUGAAUCUCUCCAAAUUUCUCGAAAAAAUUCCUCAAAGAUCCGAAAACAAAAACACCCACAUCCUUAACUCAUGUAAAGUUUUCAUCUCUCUCUAGAAUGGUGGUGAAUGUGAUCAAAUGGAGGCCGUGGCCGCCGCUGCUGUCGAAGAAAUUCAAGGUGAAAUUGGUGGUGAAGAAGAUGGAAGGGGGGAGGUGUGAUCCUGUGCAUGAGAAGGAUUACCAUAAUAAUAGGGCUGUGGAAAUUAGGUGGAAGGGCCCCAAGAUUAGCUUGACUUCUUUUAGGAGGACUGUCAAGAGGAAUUUCACAAGAGAGGUGAAAGUUAUGGAGUCAAACGGUGUCGUUCAAUGGGAUGAAGAGUUUCAUACAAUUUGUACCCUUUCUGGUUCUAAAGAAAAUGCUUUUAAUCCUUGGGAGAUUGGUUUUACUGUCUUGAAUGGAUUAAGCGCAGGACCAAAAAACAAAAUUCCUAUAAUUGGAACAGCAUCGUUGAAUCUCGCUGAAUUUGUUUCUGCCGCCGAAGAAAAAGAUCUUGACCUCACCAUUCCGCUCACCUUAUCAUGUGAAGCAACCGAACCUCACCCCACUCUUCACAUACAACUUAGUUUGAUGGAGUUGAGAGCUGAUCAGGAGCCAGCAGAACCUACACAAAGUCAAAGUCAAACAUCGGAAAGUUCAUCAGAAGAGAAAGACGAGCUUUCUGCACUCAAAGCCGGAUUAAGAAAAGUCAAAAUCUUUACCGAAUCAAUUAGGCGAGGAAGAAAAACGUCCGGUGACGAUGAUCAUGAUAACAGGAGUGACGAAGGCGAUUUAUCCUCGUACCCGUUUGAUUCCGAAUCACUUGAGGGGUCUGAAGAAGGCGAGUUAAACGAAGUCAAAGAAGACGAUGACGCAGCGUUCAGGAAAUCGUUUAGCUAUGGUACAUUGGCGUAUGCUAAUUGUACCACUGGAUCCCUUUAUGAAGACGGUGUUUAUUACAGUAAUAGAAAAUCUGAUGUGGGUUGCUCUCAAAACGAUGAUUCAAAUGCUUCGGUUUCCGAACCGUAUGUGAUACCUAGUCAAAAACGUGUUAUCUUUCCUUGGAGGAAAAGGAAAAUGAAUUUAAGAUCACCGAAAACUAAAGGUGAACCACUUUUAAAGAAAGCAUAUGCUGAAGAAGGCGGUGAUGACAUUGACUUUGACCGCCGACAGCUAAGCCCUGACCAAUCUCUUGCGUGGUAUAUGUUGAAUAACCAAUCUUCGGUAUCUGAAUUUGGGGAUGAUGAUUUUGCUGUCGGAAAUUGGGAACAGAGGGAAAUAAUCAGCCGUGACUCUCACAUGAAGCUUCGAACACAAGUUUUCUUUGCUUCAAUAGAUCAACGGUCUGAACGAGCCGCCGGUGAGAGUGCAUGCACCGUCCUAGUGGCAGUCAUAGCCGAUUGGUUCCAAAAUAAUCAUGAUCACAUGCCAAUUAAGUCCCAACUCGAUUCUUUGAUCCGUGAAGGCUCGUUAGAAUGGAGAAAUCUUUGUGAAAAUGAAAUUUACCGGACCCGCUUUCCCGAUAAACACUUCGAUCUUGACACCAUUCUUGAAGCCAAUUUACGUCCUCUAUUGGUUGUUCCGGAAAAAUCUUUUAUCGGGUUUUUCCACCCUGAAGAAAUCCAAGAGGGUAGUUUUGACUUUUUGCAUGGCGCAAUGUCUUUCGAUACUAUGUGGGAUGAGAUUAGUCGUGAGUCAGAGCCACGUGUCUACAUAGUGAGCUGGAAUGACCACUUUUUCGUCUUGAAAGUUGAUUCUGACGCAUAUUAUAUUAUCGAUACUUUAGGGGAGAGGCUUUUUGAGGGGUGUAAUCAAGCUUAUAUCUUGAAAUUUGACCGAAACACGGUGAUUUAUCAACUUCCGUCAUCCGAAUCCGGUUCUGAUGAUUCUAACAGAAAGUCAACUUCAGAAGCCGUGGAACCGGUCAAGAAUACGAUCGAAAAUGAGGUUAUCUGUGAGGGAAAAGAAGCUUGUAAGGUGUAUUUAAAAUGCUUUUUGGCGGCCAUUCCUAUUAGAGAACUGCAAGCAGAUAUGAAAAAAGGUUUAGUUUCUUCAACACCGCUUCAUCACAGGCUACAGAUCGAGUUUCACUACACUCAGUUACAACCACCACCUGCUGAUACAUCUGCGAGUCCCGACCUCGUUCCAGUUGUUGCCACAGCAAAGCCGGUUGUCACAUAGGAUAGUUUUACAAAGGGCAAUGCGGUUUUAGAUUUAAAGUUUAAAAGUUUAAACUAGCUUUGUUUCUACUAGUUAUUUGUUUUUCUUGAAUGUUCAUAGUGUUUGUUUUAAAGACUCAUAGGAUGGAAAGUUAAGGGGAAUCCUAACUGUGUAGUCUCUGUUUCCAUCUUUCGCAUAAUGAAGACGUUGACUUUUUUGGGUCAACUUUAGUUUUUCGGUUUAAAUUUUG